AAAGCUGUACCUUGAGGGAGGAAAAGGAGGCAUUUUAGGAAACUCCCCUGCAUCCGUCAGUAAGGGCUCAGGAGCCAAUAGGAAAUACUCUGCCAAGCUGUGGCCCAUGAGGGUGCCCUGAGAGGUUUGCAGAUAGACUCCCAAGGCCUCCUCCCUUUGGCCAGAGAUAAAGGCUUUCCAGCCAUUGGUCUGGGGAGGUAUUCUAUUUUAAGAAUUGGUUGCCUGUCAUUUCUCAGAGCAGGAAUUCUCCAUUUGGCCGGGCGUCUGAAGGAGACCGAGCCCCAGCUCCCGCUAACAGGAUGAUGGACAAUGAAGUGUUUGCGAAUUUUCUUUUCUACGGCACUAUGCUAGUCAUAAAGAUGUACUUGUUGGCAGUUAUCACCGGGCAAGUGAGGCUUCGGAAGAAAGCUUUUGCCAAUCCAGAAGAUGCUUUGAAGCAUGGAGGCCUCCAGUACUGUCGGAUGGACCUAGAUGUGGAACGGUGCCGCAGAGCCCACUGCAAUGACCUGGAGAACAUCUUGCCAUUUCUGUUCUUGGGAUCCAUCUAUUCCUUCCUGGAUCCAGAUCCCUUCAUAGCCUGGCUGCACUUUUUCAUUUUCUUUGUGGGGAGGAUAAUUCACACCAUUGCCUACCUGAUGAAACUGAGAGCUCCCAUCCGCUCGGUGGCCUACACCAUAGCUCAGUUGCCCUGUAUUUCCAUGGCUCUGCAGAUUCUUUGGGAGGUCAUAGACACCUGGUAACCAGCAGUCAGCUAUAGUGCCAUCUUCCCAAGAAGGGAAGACAAAGGAUGCAGAUUUUUCAGGGUUCCAUCCCAUCCUCCACAUUCGUUUUCUUCCUCUCCCUUUGCUUCCCAGCAUCACUAAACUAAGUGCCUGACAUGUAGAUAUUCUUUAAUUCCAUGGUGACUAGAAAAGUUGCUGAUCACACCUGUGAUGUGGAUGGGACAGGUCAGAUCCGAAAAUCCUCCCAAGUUUGUUCCAAAAAAACAUAAUAUUAAAUUUGUCCAGUAUAUACCUUUUUCUUGCUCUCAUCUUUUGCAUUCUCUUGAUCUUUUCUUCCUGCUUUCUCUCUUUCCCUUCCUCCUUCCUUCCCCGCUCCCCUCUCUCUCAUUUGAAUCCUUUUGAGUUUUAAGACUCUGGAAUGAGAAAUGUCUCUUUUUGUUGUUUAUUUUUAUAGCUGAAAUUUCAGUGAGACCAGAGCCAUAGAAACAAUCCAUUUGGAUUAUCUUCAAUAUAGAAUUACAGUAUUUGGUAGACUCUAUACUAUAUCUUCUAUUGCAUUUUUCCCUAUAAGGGACUUCAAAGUAGGGAAGGGAUUGCCCUCUCUAGCAGUAACAAACAGGACUGUUAAAUAGAUAUAGGUUUAGAGGUGAGUAAUGAAAUCCAGCCUUCUGAAAGAGGAAAGGGGGACAGAGCUAUAACCAACAGGUAUAAAUUGGGUAAAAUCAUAAAAUAAGGCAAAUAAAAGCUGACCUCUUGGUUUGCCAUUGUUUCUGUGAUUUAGAGACUUAACACUGGGAAUCCCAACGUCCCACCACCUGCUGGAAGUUCAUCCCCAAGAAGCACACUUUCUUCUUGUUUUAUAAGGUCUUUAUUAUCAUUAAAUUGAAUUUUUGAUAUUGUC